AUGGCGCGCUCCCCGCGGGGUGGCGGCAGCGGCAGCAGGCGCGGCGUGAAGUGCUGGAUGUGCAGCUGCGGAGGGUGGAAUUGGGACUGGCGCACCACGUGCCUUGGCUGUGGGCACGCGGCUCCGCAGUGGGCCCUGGAAGCAGCAGCCAAGGCCAAGCCCCAGGCUGACAAGGGCGGCUGGGUGGACCAGCCGCGCGGGCGCCGUGCCCAACGGCAGGCCCGCGGCGCGGCUACGAGCGCGGCAACCUCCAAGUCGCAGACCUCGGUGUCGGGAGCCAGCGGGACGCCCAGCGGCAGCGACGCCACGGCGAUCGAGAGGCUGCAAGUGGCGGUCGAGCAGCUGGAGGCGCUGCAGGCAGGGCCGCCCGACGGGGUCGAUUGCUGCUUCACCGGCGUCGUUGCCAGCCAGCCGGAGGCCAAGUGCGCAGAGCUGGCUGACGCCCAGCGCGCGGCAGCAGAGGCGAACGACAUCAGCAAGGCAGAGAAGCGCCUCCGAGCAGCGCGCAAGGGCCUGGAGCAGAAGCAAGCAGCAUGUGGCAUCGCCGAGGCCCAGCUGCAGAAGGCCCAGGAGGAGCUGGCGCAGCUCGAUGCGGAGGUGGAGGAGGCCAGCCGUGCGCUCCACGUUCUCAAAGAGGAAGCCCGAGUGGAGGCCGCUGCACUGCUGCGUCAGCGUGCAGCCGAGUGGGCAGGAGCCAGCCAGGUCUCAGGGCUCCUCAUUCAGCUGGACAAGCUGCCCGAGGCGUGGGGCUCCAGCAACUUCGAAGUGGCAUGGGCGGCCAUUCGCGCCCAGGUGGAGGCGGUGCGUGCGCAGCUCGCCGAAGCCCCUGCGGCCCCGAGGAGAGUGCCCUGGGCGGAGUCAUGCCCCAUGGAUGAGAUCGACAGCGAGGACGGCGGCCACGCAGGAGGCGGCAGGCCUUGGCGGCCACAGUGCGCCGCGGAGCGCGGCCAGGCCGAACGUCGAGGCGACGCCAACGGCGAGUGGCCGAAGGUCGCCCAGGCGUGCAAGCGGGAGCUGGCGGCCGAGGCUGAGGAUGUCCGCUGCGGACUGGAGGAGACCCGCCUCGCUCCGCACCGCCUGGAAGAGGCCAGAGGAGCAGUGCUGCGCUCGGGCUUUUCGGCGUUCCUCCAUGCGCCGGCGCCCACGGACAAGGAGGGCCCGCUGGCGAACUCAGGGGGCGUGGCGACCCUGGCGCGCAGCGACCUGCAGGCUGCGGGGAUUGUGUGGGCGACGCCGAGUGGCUUGAGGCAUCGCUUUGUUGGGGUCACGAUCACCGCGGCGUCUGGGCUGCUGGCCCUGGCGCGCUCGCUGUGCCUGCAGGACGCCCUGGGGCCCAAGGGCAUCAACCUCGACAUCUUCGCGGCCUUCGGCGACCUAAAGCUGUCCGAGGGCAGGCCCUGGCUCGCGCUGGGCGAUUUCAACAUGGAGCCUGGCGCGCUGCGCGAGUUGGGAUGGCCGCGUGUGCAGCGCGGCACGUACCUGGGGCCUGCUGAGCGCACGUGUGUGGCCCAAGGGGCGGAGCAUGUGUACGACUGGUUCGUGGGCCCCUUUUGCCUGGCCCAUGGCGUCAGGGAGGCCUCGGCUCUGGAUGGCUUUGGGCGGUACCCGCACAAGCCUGUGUGGCUGCUGCUGCAGGACGUGAGGCCCGACGCCCUGGUGCAGGUACUUGUGCGUCCUGGUCGUUUUCCUGGUGUCGACGCGGUUGGGUGCGAUGUGACGCUGCUGGUAUUCCACCAGGGACCGCGGUCCGUUGCCGUCGUGGGCAUGGCCACCGAGUCGUUCGGCACCAACGGGACAGGUCUGGCGGGGAGUCCGUGCGCCACCUUUGAGGCCAGGCUGCCUGGGCUGGCAGCCCUCCGCACCGCCUCAGCGGGCGGCAGGCCGCUGGUGGGCGCUCGCAUCGUUGUAGGCGACAUCGCGAUGCAGGCCGUUGGCACGGAGCAGCUGGUGGCUGCACGGCUCCGCCGCGCUGGGCUGGAAGUGGCGCCUCGCCUCCGUGUCCAGCACCCUCCCCUCGGUGCUGCUCAGUCGGCCCUCCUCGCUUCGCGCCCCAGCCUUGGGCGCCAGCUCGGGGUGCGCAGGAAGUCGCAAGGCUGGCCCUUCCGUAAGACCUUGCAGGUCAGGAACAUCGGCACGGACGCCGCCAAUGAGAGGAGAGGAGUGCAUGAGGGACGAGUUCGAGCUGCAGGAGCGCUUCCCCGAGCUCGCAGGCUGGGCCCGUUCUGCAAGGCUGGGCCCACGGCCAGCGCAGUGUGCAGUCGCAUGGUCACGGGCAACGCGGACGGUGAGCCGCGCAGAUGGAAGCUUGCAGCCUGCCGCAGCGCAGGAGCGCUCCCCAUGGGCGCGGAGCGAGGGCUGGGCAAGCGCUGUGCCGAGCUCAGGAGGAGGCGCAACCUGGCUCCUGCAGCCCUCACGGCUGGCCACGCAGUCCAUAUGAUGGAGGAGCUGCUGCAGACAUGCGACCUGCCGCCCAGGAUGAUGGAGCGGGGGCUGGAGGCGGCGGCGACCAGCAUGGUCGCGAGCUCUGGCGAUGAGCUCGACCUCGCGCACCUCGGGUCUCGGGAGCUGGGCUUGGAGGCUGGCCUUGGCGCUUGGUGUGCAUCCGCACGUAACGCGACGCGGAAGCUCAGCCACGACGCCCGCCUGCAGCGGCCUUUGCGCUGGGACGCCAUCGGACGCCAGCUCGGGCUAGACGGCGGGCCCAGAGUGAGGGAACAGAUCGUGCUCGGGGCCUGCAUCACCAGCACGCACUGGCACCGCCUGUUCGGCUGCCCCGUGCUCGAGGCCCAGCGGCGCGACGGAGUGUUGGCACGGCCGAAGCAGGGUGCAGAGCGAGCGCGGGCCCCAGGCGGGCGCGCAGGCGACAACUUCGGCCGCUGCUGGCUGCCCACACCGGGGCCGCCGCAGGGUCGCCGCAACGACGCCAUGUGGGUACAAUGCGUCGGCUGGCCAGCUGGCAAGCUCAACGGCAAGCUGUACCUCUAUGGCCCGGUGCUCGAGCCGCAGUUCGGCGCAUUCCGCUGUGAAGGCUGGGCCUUUGCGCAGUGCGACGACGACGGCAACCUGGAGGCAGGGGUGCACCGCGCCGUCUGGCGCGACCGCUGCCCGCAGACGGCCAAGGACGGCGAGGACCUUGCAGCCUGGAUGCGGCCACGCUCGGAGAGUAGCCGCUCUACAGGCAGCAGCUCGGCUGCCCUCUCGGCCAGUGCAGUCGCCUUCAGCAUCCUGGGACAUGCCCUGUCCUACGCCUGCGCUGGGGAAGGGGAGGACACCCAGGAGCUCGUGGCAUGCUCCAAGUGCGGCGCCUACAUGACGCUGGGCGGCCGCUCAGGGGUUAGGCCUCGCCUUAAGGAGCGCCGCCCAGGUGACAAGACCGACAAGGGCGGCAGGAACCAGCGCAGCCUGUGGCAACGAGGACUCCAUCCUGGAGGCAGGAGGCAGGAGGGGUCGCGGACUGCCAGGCACAGAGCGAAAGGAGAGGGCAUCCCAGCGCUGCGCUCGCAGGGUCCAGUGCCUGAGCAAGCGCAGGUGCGGUGCCUGGAGUGGCUUGGCACGGCAGCGGAGGCUGCUGCAGACUCUGCGGCCACUGCGAGCAGUGCAGGCAACGCCCCAGCGGCGGCAGCGGAGCCGCAAGUGGUCGCGGGCCCUGGUGGAGCCCCAGCGAAUGCGGCAGCCGCUGCGGCCGCUACCAGCCUGCCUCUGCGGCGCCCAGCCGCGGCGAGAGCAGGGCGACUCGGGGCUGGAGGGGUCAGCGAGGAGGGCCCCUCCGCCGCAGCCGGCCCUGCAGGCGGCGCCCAG